CAGUACUUUAACCUCUAGGCUACAACUGCCCUGUAUAAUGAGAUGGAUUACUUGAUGCCCGGUCCCUUGGGUCCGGCCUUGUGGUUUUAAUUACUUAUCUCUGGAAUAUAUAUCAUUUCUCCCUUCAUCCUAGACGGGUCGACAAAAUCGCCGGCUAACCAUGGAGGUCGGCUCAGUCGUGCAGGAGGAAAUGAAAUUCCGUGGAGUUGAAUUUAGCGUCAAGGUAGAAUUGCAGGAUCGGUUACUUACAGUGGAGAUUACGGACCUGGUGACUGCGGACCAGUGGAGAGGAGAGUUCGAUCCGGCCUACAUCGAAGACCUCACUCGCAAAACAGGAAACUUCAAACAGUUCCCCAUCUUCUGCAGCAUGCUGGACUCUGCGGUCAGUAAGUCUAGCGAGUCGGUGACUCUUGACCUGCUGACCUACUCUGAUCUGGAGCUUCUGCGGAACAGGAAGGCGGGCGUGGUGGGAAGACCUCGCACCCAGCAGCAGUCCUCUGGUCUCAGUGCUAAGCGCUACCUCAUCCUCAUCUACACUGUGGAAUUCGAUAGGAUACACUACCCUCUUCCUCUGCCGUACGUUGGUAAGCCGGACCCAGCAGCCCUUCAAAGAGAGAUCAGAGCUCUGAGGGCUCAACUGAAUGCGCUGAGGAUACGAGGAGACCAUCCAGCAUCGGACCAGGAGGCACGCCGACUACGUGCAGAGUUGGCUGUGGUCAGGGAGGAGAAGGAGGCGCUGGCCGAGGCCUUGGAGCGGCUGCAGGCAGUCGGGGGCGACUCCACCCCGGGCGCUCGUGGUCUGAGAGAAGCCGUGCACAGCCUGGAGGAGCAGCUGAUGAAGGAGAGAGCGAAGAGUCAGCGCUCAGCCAGUAAGAGAGGGCAGGAACAGCGCCACCUAGUGGAGCAGUUGGAGGAGCUUAAGGCAUCAGAGCGAGCUCUUCGGGUACGAGUGAAAAGCCUGACCACCGAGUUAGCCACCCUGCGUCGUGGUCGGAUCACCCCGGUUCUGUCGGGUCGUAGCGGGUCCAGGGACGAGGCGGAUUUCCCACGGUCGGCCUCCAGGGAGCGAGUGGCGGUUCGGGCUCGCUCCGGGUCCAGGGAAAGAGCGGAGGACCGGAUCAGAAGAUCAGAGGAACGAGGGAGAAGAUCAGGUUCUUCAGGAGCACGAAAUCACAUUUCGAGACCUUCACCGUCACCAACCGGACCUCGAGGGCCACGAUUUGACCCAACAGCAUACAUUCAGGAGCGACAACGCCGCCAGAGAGAGUCAGAUCUCAAAAACCAGCGGAGGAUCAGAAAGGACAUGCUCGCAUCACCUUCUCUGAACGAGCGGGGCCGUUCACGCUCCAGAGAGCGCGCCUCUCAGCCGAUCAGGCGUGGGAGUGCAGGCCGGGGCAGGAGCACGUCCGUGGAGAGCGGGAGGAGUCGGCGCUCGUCUGACAGCUCCAUGGCCGAGUUUGAAGACCUGGCCAAGCCCCUGAAUAGCAGAGGCAGAAAACCGGCGUAUAACGGUGCAAAUAUGACACGUGGAAGAUACUUGAAUAAAAAGCCACAGUGUAGCACUCCGGCUCAGCGAAUGAGAGAGAACUCUCUGGACACGGGUGCUGACCUGUCAGAGAUCGACGCCCGGCUCCAGGCGCUGCAGGACUACAUGAGAGAUUUAGACACCGGCCGCUAGCGUCAGCUGGUGAACGUUGGCAAUCGGGGCUUUUAUUACACAAAGCGGUGUUGAUCAGUCUAAUGCAGAAUCUGAUGCAGAGCAGCGUGUUUAUGCAGUAACUGUGAUGCAUGUGUGAUCACACCCAUGAGAUCUCACGUCUCUCUCUGUCGUACUGUAAAUAUGUAGAAUAUGAGGCUGUUGUUACGUUUAGGAACCGUUAAACGGGGGGUGUCAUGUGACCGGUGUGUAUACGUUGUGCUGUAUGUACUGUAUUAUAGGAACCUUUAAUCCACUGAUGUGAUUUUUACUUUUGUGAGUUUUUAAUAUCAUUGUUUUGACUUGAUGCUUUUGCACUUGUUUUUAACCACGAUUAGGUUCGAUUUUGUGUGCAAAACCCUUUGGUUCUGUAUGAAAAUGCUGCAUAAGCCAAAGAUGUGCAUGUCUCCUUCUUGUACGUAUGCAAAUGAGGCAGGAUCGGGCAAAGACGUUGAGAAGCUUACAUGACAACAGGGGGGGAUAUUAAAAGUCAAAUUGAACCUGA